AUGCUGUGCGAGAUAAACUGCCUCCACCUCAAUUUUAGGUCGUAUCUUGCGUUGAACUUGAUGAAGCGAAGAGAUGAGCCUAUAACCUAUGAGAAUAGACGAAUUAAGACAACGGCACGGGGGGAUAUGGUCAGUAAAGAGGUAAAACUUGGCGUUGAUGAGCUUCCAGAUGCGACUGACUAUUCGAGUAUUAGGACAUUAGUUGACGCUAAUAGUGGGGUAGACGUUCUUGCUGCGGAGCGCACAGAAAUAUUAAUAUCUAUCGGUAUCGAUAUAUCGGAGUCCUGUGUAUUUAGCAAUUUACGAAGCGUCUAUGAUGACGUUUUGCAAGAUGCUUUAGACGGAGUCUGGACGUUUUAUUCGGUGAAAGUUAAAUCAAUGGAGGACCCCAUUUUAUCCUGUAAACCGAGGUCACGAAAAGUCUUUCUAGUUAUUAUGGAGUCUCUUAACGAUGGGCGAAUGGCAAUAGGCUUUGAUCCCGAAGUUCUGGUUGGGCAAGCGCUUCGGUAG